CCAACUCCAGAUGAAAUCAAACGAUGUUUAGAUGGACCAUAUGAGUUACCUGCUCCAUAUGAUAAUCAUUAUGUUUGUUUUUCUAAAGAUUGUGCACCUGGGCCAUUCCAUGGCAUUGUAACUUAUGCGCGGAGUAGUAAAGGCAACGAAUUGGAAAUGCGAGCUCCAUUUUUAGGAUUUUUAAUAAACAAAGAUACCGGCCUGUCAACUUUACAAUUGGGAAUGACAGUAAACAUAUCAUUAUCAGCAGAGACAACUCCAGAAUAUUCAACACCACAAGAAUGGUGCUCGGAUACAACAGCAACAAUUCAAUAUACAUUAUCAGAAGGAUAA